AUGAGUGCACCAAAACGAUUCGAAGCAAAACUGGACGAAGAUCGCUUGAACGACUUACAAAAACGUUUGGAUAGAGCAUGUGAAGAAGCAGAAAGAAAACCCGAACCAACGGCGGUAUGGGAGAUGGAUAAAAAGAGAUUAGGAAUGACACAUGAUCGUCAUCGUCAGCUAUUGUUUGCUUGGCCGGAUCAUGAUACAUGGAAAGCGUUUGAAAAACGAUUAAACACUUUUGAUCAUUAUAUGUCACAAAUUGAAGAUAUAAAUAUGCAUUUCAUUUGGGAACGUGCUGCAACGGAUGCAAGACAAAGGAGACCUGUGAUACCGCUUGUGCUAUUGCAUGGUUGGCCAAGCUCAGUUCUAGACUUCUUCAACACUAUUCAUCCUCUCGCACAUCCAGGCGCUACUUCUCCUUCGGAUGUACCCGCGUUUGAUGUCGUCGUACCAUCACAAACUGGAUAUCUCUGGAGUUCAUCACCUAGAGUAGAUCAAUUCGGCCGUGGGCAGCAUAGUGGACCUCAAGGUGAUAUCCUACUAAAGGAUGAAGCCAGAUUAGUGCACAAAUUGAUGCUAAGCUUAGGAUAUCGUAAAUAUGCGAUUCAAGCAGGAGAUUGGAGUAACGUGAUGGCACGUUUGAUGGCACGCAUGUAUCCAGAUCAUGUUGUCGCUGUUCAUCUAAACUUCUGUCCGGCUGGACCACCAAAUAUCGAACUUCCAUUGGUACAUUUUGCAUCACAUUUCAUCCCUCAACCGAUCAAGAACCUAGCAUGGGCAUUCACACCAACACACUACUUCAUGGGCUUCCCACGUCCUUUGAACGAUCAAGAUCGCAAGAAGUUACAACGCUCAAUCCCCUUCAUUCGAACAGGAUCUGGCUAUGCGAUCAUGCAGGGUACACGUCCAUCAACCCUAGGGCUGGUGCUGCAAUCGGAUCCUGCCGCAUUGCUGGCAUGGAUAGGCGAAAAGUAUAUCGAAUGGACAGAUGAUGAUCCAAGUGAUGCAGAAAUCUGUGCUCAAUUGACAUUGUACUGGUGUACAGACACGAUGGCAAGAUCGAUUUACAAUUACAGAAAUCGGGUUCAACCUUCCGGAUCACUUCCGCGAACCGACCCUAACCUUUACAUCAAUCAACCGUUCGGAAUGAGUGAUUUCCCAUUCGAAGUUUUACCUACGCCAGUGGAAUGGAUGAGAAGAUCGGGUAAUUUACAAUGGUACAGGAAGCAUUCAAAAGGUGGUCAUUUUGCUUCGUUAGAAAGACCUGCAAAUUAUGUGGAAGAUGUAAGGGAUUGUUUUGCAAAGAUUUGGAAACCAUAA